AUGUCUGCAGCUGCUGCGGCUCCUUCGACCGACCCUGCUGCUGUCGCAGCAGCUGCCGCCGAGCAGCUCGCUCGUUUGCAGUUCGCCGUCGCCAACAUCACGACGCCCGUCGUCAUCGGCAGCUUCAUCGCCUGCAUGAUGUGCGGCAUCCUCCUGUACAUGUCGGCCACCUACUUCGUCCGGUUCGGCUCGUCCGACCGCCUCUCGUUCAAGGUCCUCGUCGGCUUCCUCACGGUCGCCUGCGUCGGCGACACGAUGAACGAGUGCGCGUGGGCGUGGCUCGUCACGAUCAAGGUGUUUGCCGACCCGACCAUCGUCGCGCAACUUCCCGAGACGUUUACGGUCUACGCCAUCUUCACGGGCGUCACGGUACUCGUCGCCCAAGUCUUCUUCACGUGGCGCCUCUGGGUCAUCUCGGAGAGGCGCAACUGGUGGCUGCCCGUCGGCAUGCUCGUCCUCGAGCUCACGGCGGCGGGUCUCGCGAUGUACCUCGCCUGGUGGACCGACAAGACGAUGUACUUGGCGUCGUUUCCCGAGAUCGAGGGUAUUAUGUGGGCGUGGAUCUCGGCAGGCAUCGUCAUCGACGUGCUCAUCACCGGCGGCAUCACCUUCUACCUCCUCAUCCGCCCCCAGCGUCUCGGUGGCGGCGUGCUCAAGACCAAUCGCUCGUCGCCGCUCGGCCGCCUCGUCGUCAAGAGCUUCCAGACCAACGGCGUCUCGCUCUUGCUGCAGACGGUGACCCUCAUCGUGAUCGUCACCAGGCGCGGCACGCUGUGGUACAACGUCCCUGGAUUCCAGGAGGCCAAGUGCUACGCCAUCAACGUCAUCGCCACCCUCAACGCCCGCACGCUCGCCUCGUCCGACGCCGGCGACUCGUUCAACCCGGACCCGCGCUCGAGCGCGACGAGCAAGCAGCAGCAGCAGCAGCGCACGGGCGCGACGAGUGCGGCGCGCAGGAGCCGCAUGGAGCAGCAGUCGAUGCCCGUCUUUGACGUGCACGUCGAGGUGCAGGUCGACGAGGCGGACUCCGCCGACGCCGAGUCGGACAAGUCGGGCGGCGGCGGCGGCGCGUCGAAGGACCUCGUCGCGCUCGGCUCGACGACGCCGUACUCGGUCACGUUUGAGCGGGCGUCGGUCAAGGACGGGGACGACAUCGAGCUGGGCAUGAAAGAGGGCCGGGCGCGAGGCGAGCGCGGCUGGGCACGGUCGUGA